AUGGAGAUCCCGCGAAUUGUUCACGAUGAGCUACUGCACCAAGUGGACGGACCCCAGGAGGAGCAUCUAUUGGCAUUGCGGCAUGCAAGCGUAAGUCCAAGACCUGGAGCUCCCUUGGACGCCAAGCUCGGUGGCGAGCGCACGCCUCUUCUGAAUGCAGCCGACAAGGUAGAUGUGAUCCUGGAUGAGGAGGAGAAGGCGGCAGUGGCGGUCGACAGCCAGCUGACGGUCUGGGAGAUCGUGAGCGUGGAGACCAAGCGGCUGCUGGCUGUGGCCUUCCCCAUGAUGCUGGCAGUCAUGCUCGAGAUGUUUCCAGACCUGGCACUGAGUGUGAUGAUAGGCCACACAGACGUCUCUCGCAGCACUGAGAUUCUGGCUGCCUAUCAGCUGUCCAGCCUCGUACAGAUGAUGAUCAUCGGAGGCCUCAUCAUGGGUCUGUCCUCUGCAAUCGACACCAUGUGCUCGCACGCCUUCGGGGCUAAGAAGAUGGUCGAGCUCUGGAGGAUCACGCAGGCCGCUACCAUCGUGUAUUUAAUGUGUUUGCCAUUCAUCACACUAGUCCUCUGCAGUGGCAAGCCGAUGCUCGUCGCCAUGGGGCAAGACCCUGCCAUUUCUGAUGUUGCAGGACAAUUGCUGCUCACCAGUUUGCUCUUAGUGCCGUUCUGUAUCAUGUACGCGGUCAUGAAGAGCGCGCUACAGGCACAGAAUAUCGUAUUCCCCUUUGUAUUGGCGUCGCUGGUGAGCUUCAUUCUGAGCUCCAUUGCGGCCUAUGUCUUGGCGUUCCACACGUCGUUGGGGUACGUUGGAGUCGCGCUGGGAAGCCCCGUCGGUUGGUUCUUGAAGGUUGUGAUGGUGCUUCCGGUGGUGCUGCGCAACCGCGUGUUUGUCGAGUCGUGGCCAGGUUGGAAUUGGGAGGAGGCUUGGGCACGAGUUCCCGGCAUUGGACGCCUGGGUGUGUCCAGUGUGCUCAUGAUGACGUUUCAAAUGGUCGGGUUCUCCUUCAUCUCGUUGCUUGCGGGUAUGUUGCCCAACGCAGACGUUUUGAUUGCAGCGAACGGGAUUUUUGUAUCGGUUAUCGGCCUUGCGUUCAUGCCGCUGCUGGGGAUCUGUAUCGCUGGUGCCAUCCGCAUGGGUAAUGCUCUUGGAGCAGGUCAGGCUCGCCGAGCUCGUCUCAUUAGCUUCAUUGUGAUGAGUGCGUCACUGUCGGUAUCUGGAGUUGCUGCUGGAGUUGUCGCCUAUAUUGCGGCUCCAUACUCUCGUGCGUUCACUCCUAACGUCGAGGUUAUAGCGGUGGCGACGGAUCUUAUCAAGGAGUUGUUGCCGAUGUUGCCUCUCCUGGGUUUUGCCUUCGGGAUGCAGUCCGUGUUCCGUGCUUGUGGAAAGCAGUUGCUCUGUGCGCAGCUUAAUUUUGUGUGUUUGUUUGUGCUGGGUGUGCCGCUUGGAUUGGUGUUCGCGAUUCGGUUUGACUCGGGUAUUGCGGGUCUCUGGGCAGGCAACAUGGCGGGAAUCGUCAUCUUUGCUGUGGCUGGGGUGUUGUGGUUGCGUGCCACGAGUUGGGAGAAAAUGGCUCACGACGCGAAGCACGGCACUCAUCAUGCAGUUGCCGUCGCUGCGUAG